AUGUUGCGUGUUGUCGUGGAGUCGACCAAGAUUCACCCACCCCUGACCCCCCCACCCAGACCCUGUGUGUCUGUCUUCUUCAGAGAUGUCAAGAAGAACACUUCUGAGGCAGAAGGAAAUAACCCCACAUGGAAUGAGACCCUAAUUUGGCACCUCUGGAACCGCCCCCUACAGAAUGACUCUUUCUUACAAGUUAUCCUUCAGGACUUGGGCGCAGCAAAGGAAGAAAGGUUCGUCGGCAUGGCUACAGUGCUGCUCAAGCCCUUGGUGAAAAAACCAAAAGAGGUUCUUUUCGUGAAGGAUCUGGCCCUACUCAACCAUUCCAUGCUGCCCACAGGCUGCACUAUCACCCUACAUGUGGCCCAUAUGACCAAACAGGAUAUUAAGAAGACAGGGGAUGAAGGCCUCCUGGACAUAACUGCAGGAGAAGUAGCCAGGCAGAAGCAGAUGGUUCCCAGCUACGCUGUGCGCAAGGAGCUCUCCUCAAAGCCUCAGCACUUCCAGGUUCAAGUAAAGGUGUUUGAAGCCCGCCAGCUCAUGGGCAAUGACCUCAAGCCGGUGGUGAAGGUGGUCAUCGGAAGCCAGCAAUACUACACACGGACCAAGAGGGGAAACAACCCUUUCUUCAAUGAGAUCUUCUUCCAGAAUUUCCAUGAGAUUCCUGCAAAGUUCUUCGAUGACUCCAUCUUAAUCCAGGUGAUGAAUUCCAGGAUGUUGAGAUCCAAUGCGGAGAUCGGGAGAUUCCAAACGGAUAUUGGUUUUAUCUACCAUUCUCCAGGUCAUGCACUCCAGAGGAAAUGGUUAGGCCUCUGCCAGCCAAAUGAACCGAACAAUGGUGUGAGAGGCUACCUGAAGGUCACCAUCUGUGCCCUCGGUGUGGGAGACCAGGCCCCGGUAGAUCAAAAGCCGCCCUAUGGGGAUGAUGACAUCAAAAUUCAUAUCUACAAGUCAACGAUGGUCCCGAUGAAGAAGGCCCACUUACAGUUCUACAUCUACUGCGCGGAGGACCUUCACCUUAAGAAACACCACCUAGUGAGCCCAAUGUUGGAGGUGGAACUAAUUGGAGAAAAGCUGAAUACACAGGUGAAGACCCAAACUGAGAACCCGAUCUGGAACCAGGUCCUGACCGUCCAUACUCAGCUGCCCUGCCUCUCCAGCUACAUCAAGUUCAGAGUCUUGGACUGCCCCAAAGGCAGCUGCUCGGGUGAAAUCGGGACUGUCAGCCUGGUCCUCAACCAUAUCUCAUCCACCGGAGCAGAAGUAGAAGGGAUGUACUCUGGCUUCCUACCCUGCUUUGGCCCCAGCUUCCUGACUCUCCAUGGGGGUAAAAAGGCCCCUUUCCGGAUCCAAGAAGAAGGCGCUAUUAUCCCCAGCUCUGUGAAGGAUGGUUUGGCGUAUCGAGGCCGGAUCUUCCUGGAGUUAGUUACCCGCAUCACGACCCAUCACAACACUAAGAUAGGGGACCUCUCCCAGGAAGUGACCAAUGUAGAGAAACAACAGAACCGCCAAAAGUAUGGGCUCUGCGUCAUCUUCCUUUCCUGUACCAUGAUGCCCAACUUCAAGGACCUGAUCCAAUUCGAGGUCAGCAUCGGCCACUAUGGAAACAAGAUGGACCUGAAUUACAAGCCUCUCAUCUCAACUACACAGUACAGCCCAGUGAUAUAUGACGGGAACAUCUACCAUUAUGUGCCCUGGUACAACACCAAGCCGGUUGUGGCCGUGACCUCCUACUGGGAGGAUGUCAGCUUCCGCAUGAGCUGCCUCAACCUUCUCCACUUCACUCGGGACCGCCUGAAAGCCAACCUGGAUACCCUGAAAUCUCUGAGGAACCCGAGGGACCCCGCCCUGAACCUCCAGUGGGAGAAACUGCUGAGGGAGCUGGUGGAGGACUGCAAGCGCCCUCUACCCUGCAUUUACGAUCAGCCCAAAGCCACCAACCUGGACAAGGAGAGAUGGCAGCUCCGCAACCUCCUCCUGAUGGAACUGGCCCAAAAGGCCCAGGUAGCCCAGCCUAGGGACAUGGUGGCCACCGCAGAGGACUGGCUCUACCGUCUCAACACCAUGCUCCCUGAGCCCCAGGUGAGCCUCCCAGACGUGAUGAUCUGGCUGAUGGCCAAGGACCAGCGAGUGGCCUACGCCCAUGUGCCCUCCCACAGCAUCCUAUUCUCCCGAACCGGGGCCCUGCACUGUGGCAAGUUUUGUGGGAAGAUGCAGACCCUCCUCCUGCAGUACCCAGAGGGUGAAGGACAGAAGGACACUCUCCCCGCCCACCUCCGGGUCUGCAUGUGGCUGGGCAACAUUGUGGACAGCUCGGACCUGCAGCUGCUCCAAGAGGGCAAGAUGGUCGUGUACGCAGAGACGUAUGAGAACCAGGCCAAGUAUAAAGACCAGUGGGGGCAGCAGGGGCUUUACCACUGCCCCAACUUCUCUGACGUCCUGGGGCGCAAGGCUCUCCCCAAGGAGGAUUUCAAGGAGCCCUCGGGAUGGCACUGGCAGGGAACAUGGACAGUGGAGCCUCAGAGGAGACUCCUCCUGGACACAGACAUCAACAAGAGCCAGAUGCUAGACGAGGUUUAUGAGAACCAGCAGCGGGACGUCACAGGGGCCUGGGUGCCGGCAGCCACCCCCAAUACGGACGUGAAUGGACAGCCUGUGGAGGCCCGGGAGAAUGUGAAGUGCCCCCCUGGCUGGCAGGUGAAGAAGAACUGGACUGUGGAGCUGAACCAUGCGGUAGACAAUGAGGGCUGGGAGUAUGGCGUGGGAAUCCAGCCCUCCGGCCUGCCCCAGGUCUGGAACGCGGUGGAGAAGACCUACUACUCUCGCCGGCGGCGGCGCUGGGUGCGUGUGCGCUACCGGAAACACGGGGAGCUGAGCCUGGAGGAGGAGACCCUGUCCUUCCUGCAGCUGGAAGAGGAGGGCUGGGAAUACGGCACCAUUGGCUCCAAGUUCGACCUGAACCCUCAGCCCCAGAGCCGGUUCCGCCGCCGCUGCUGGCACCGCAGCCUGGCCCCCAACAAGGACAAGGGCAUCGCACCCAUAUUUCUCCUGGAGGGAUCCUUGGGGAAGGAUCUGAAAAAGCAGGCUGAGGAGGAGGAAAUCAGGGCGUCAUCACGGAGCAAAACAACCAGGUUCCCCUGGAGGCCGGCCCCAGAAGACACCCAGCAACCCCACCUGCCCUUCAUCUACUGCAUCUUCAACAAGCCCCACUACUACCAGCUUUUCUGCUACAUCUACCAGGCCCGGAACCUGAUGGCCAACCGGAUCCAGACAUUCCAGGAGCCCUUCAUUCGGUUGGUCUUCUUGAACCAUAGCCAGCGCACCCAAAUCUUGAAGAGCUCUGCAGCCCCCACAUGGGCCCAGACGCUCAUCUUCCAGCACCUCCUUCUGUAUGAGAGCCCUCAAGACACCAAAGAGAGCCCGCCACUUGUGGCAUUGGAACUGUGGCAGCGGGACUCCCAGGGCAAGGAGAGCUGCUGGGGACGGAGCAUAUGGUCUCCGGUGGUCUGGCUGGAUGUCCAACAUCGGGUCCUGCCCCCCAUGAGAUGGCACCCCCUUGCAAAACAGCUGGGGGAGGAAGAGGGCGAGGUCUUGGCGUCCUGUGAGCUGAUCCUCGAGACUGAGGUACUGGGAGAAGGGAAUCUGCCAAUCUUAAGUGUCCCCUUGAAGAAUGGGGUCUACGCACUCCCCAAGAGCAUGCAGCCUACGCUAAGGAAAAUGGCAGUUGAGAUCCUGGUCUGGGGGCUCCGCAACAUGAGGCAAGUGCGUUCCCCCCAGCUGCUGGUGGAGUGCUGGGAAGAGGCCGGGCACACAGAGCCCAUCAGGAACUUCCAGACCAACCCCAACUUUGCCGAGUCGGUCAUCUUCUUCACACUGUUCAUGCCCACAGAGGAGGCCUACGCGCUGCCCCUCAUGUUGAAGGUGGUGGACAAUCAGGACUUCGGCCAGCAGACUGUGGUGGGUCAGGCCAACAUCGACUCCCUGCACCCCUACUUCUGUGACCCCUGGGCCUCAAACUAUGUGCCCCCACGGCUUCCAAAGCUGGCAGUGAACAAGCGCCAGCUCCUAGAUUACUUCACUGAAAAGUUCUGGUUCAAGUCCAGCGAAGUCGAGGAUGAAUACGAGGAGGUGGUGGACUGGUGGAGCAAGCUGUUCUGGGCCACAGGGGAAGCCAAAUCCCUGAAGUUCAAGGACAAAGACUACCACACCCUGGAGGUGUACGACUGCGAGCUGGAGGCUGUGCCAGCCUUCCGAGGCCUGCAGGACUUCUGCGAGACCUUCAAACUCUACAAGGAACAGCCCAAGUCAGACAGCCCCGUGGUAGGGGAGUUCAAGGGCCUUUUCCGCGUCUACCCCUUUCCUGAGAACCCAGAAGACCCUCAGCCCCCCCGCCAAUUCUCGGUUUGGCCUGGUAAAGAGGACUUCCCUCAGCAAUGCUUGGUGCGGGUGUACGUGGUACGAGCAAUCAACCUGCAGCCUCAAGACUACAAUGGCCUGUGUGACCCUUACGUGAUCCUGAAACUGGGACAGACAAAACUUGGCAACCGGAACAUGUACCAGCCCAACACUUUGAAUCCCAUCUUUGGCAUGAUGUUUGAACUGAGCUGCACCAUCCCCCUGGAGAAGGACCUAGAGAUUGAGCUGUAUGACUUUGACCUGCUUUCACCUGAUGAUAAGAUUGGAGCCACAGUAAUUGACCUCGAAAACCGACUCCUGUCUGGCUUCGGAGCUCGCUGUGGGCUCUCCCAAUCAUACUGCCAGGCAGGACCCUUUAGGUGGCGGGAUCAGGUGCUCCCAAGCGUCCUCCUGGAACACCAUGCCAAACGGAAAGGGUUGCCUCCACCUGUGUUCAACACUGCGGGUGACUCUGUUUAUUACAAUGGGAAAAAAUUCAAGCUGCGACGCUUUGAGCCCCAGCCCCCUACUGCUCAUUACUUGGGACCCAAGAAGGAGCGCCUUGCACUGCACCUCCUACACACCCAGGGGCUGGUACCCGAGCACGUGGAGACCCGCAUGCUGUACAGCAACAGCCAGCCAGGCAUUAACCAGGGAAAGGUGCAAAUGUGGGUGGACAUCUUCCCCAAGAAACUGGGGCCUCCUGGCUCCCCAGUCAACAUCCUGCCCAGGCAGCCUAAAAGGUAUGAGCUGCGCUGCAUCAUCUGGAGAACUGCUCACGUAGACCUGAAGAGCAUCAAUUUGAGUAACGAGAAGAUGAGUGACAUCUACAUCAAAGGGUGGUUAUUCGGGCUAGAGAAGGACAUGCAGAAGACAGAUAUCCACUACCAAUGCCUGACUGGGGAGGGCAGCUUCAACUGGCGGUUCAUCUUCACCUUCGACUACCUGGUGGCUGAGCAAAUGUGCGUCCUAAGCGAGAAGGACUACAUAUGGAGCCUGGACCCCACAGUGACGAAGUUUCCGGCCCGGCUCAUCAUUCAGGUCUGGGACAAUGACAUCUUCUCCACUGAUGGCUUCCUAGGGGUCCUGGAGCUGGAUCUGUCUGACAUGCCCCUCCCGGCCCAGCAUGCAAAGCUGUGCUCCCUCAAGAUGAUGGAUGCAGACCCCAAGUGGCCCCACUUCCUCCAGCACAAGUACUUCUCCCUCUUUAAGAAGAAAACUGUAACCGGCUGGUGGCCCUGCCAGGUCCUUGAGGAUGGCAAAUGGCACUUGUCGGGUAAAGUGAAGAUGACGCUGGAGAUGCUGUCAGAGAAGGAAGCCUUAAUCAGGCCAGCAGGACGUGGCCACUCAGAACCCAACCAGUACCCUAUCCUCCACCCUCCCCUGCGCACCAACACCUUGCUCUCAUGGUUUCAGUCACCUGUUAAAAACUUCUGCUAUGUUUUCUGGAAACGCUACCGCAUUAAAAUCAUAGUCAUCUCAGCCAUAACGAUUGUCGGGUAUAUGCUGUUCAGCUUCAUAUAUUCAGCUCCAAAAUAUUUGGCCAUGAGCUGGAUCAAACCUGAGUUUCGGCUGAAGGCGCCUAUUAAUACCAUCAAUUCACUGAAGAGCAAUGCCAGCUCUUCCGACCUCACCAUCCGGCAUCCGAACCUGGAGUCUACAAUAGGCAGUCAGCUGAAACUCCUGCAGGAACCCAUGAAUCACCUUUGAGCUAUUUUUACAGAACUUCCAGCCCCACAAGGCUGAUCUGCCCAUGUGUGCCUGGCUUUUCUUUGCCACUGUCAGCUCUACCCUGGAGCUUCCUGCCAAUUCCUUGUUUCUAUCUUCUAGGACAGCAAGGGGCUAGGGAUAUUCUGGCCAUUCUGUUCAGAAACCACUUCCAGCAAAAAAGGCAAAGUUGUAAUUUUCCACUGAAAUAAACAAGCUUUGUAACAAAGCCGCUUUGUAAUUUGGGGGGGUUGAAGACCAUAUGAAAGGUUGAACAUGCCAGCCUUUCGGACAAGACUCACAGGACAGGAAGCAGUGACUCUCUCCUUUCUGCACUACCUCCAGUCUUCAGUCUCUUCCACUCUAAGGGGCUCUGAAGUCAGAGGAAAACAGAGGGAAAGGGUGGCAGUGAGGAGAGAAAUGGCUCCAUGGGGUAAGUAGCGGGAGCCACACCAAGAACCAGGCACUGCCCUUCUCUAGGACAAACCUGGGGUCUCAGUGCCCAGAACAAUAUUCAGCCCCAUUCACGGUAGGAAACAUUUGUUUCUAAGACAAAAUACAAGAGCUAGGACAGAACACACCAUGUUUGGUCAGAUGGCUUCCUUGUACCACACAUCUCUAAGGCAGCCCAGGCUGGGUGGGGACUGCAUUUCAUGUCUUCCCUGUCCUCUUUAAAGAGCCUCAAGGUGCUCAUGAGCUGAAAUCACACAAAACCCACAAGUUUGAGCUCUGUCACUCACAUGCUC